CUCAACACCAGCGCAUAGCACAAGGUGCACGGGAACAUCCUGAUCUUGAUCCAACUCGUGUUAUCUUUUUUCUGUUUCUGUGUAUUGUUCUUGUCCGCGUCGCCUCACACUCGCAACCAUGGUGAACCCUCGCUUUCUGGUCAUCAGCCUCGGCAACCCCUUACCAAAAUACACGUCUCUGCACUCAGCCGGACAUUUCACACUUCGCGGCCUCGCGCCUCUGCUGCCCAACCAGCCUCCCUUCGCCCAAACCAAAUUCGGCAAGGCCAACGCGCUUGUAUCGCAGGGCUCAAAGUACACGCUUGUGCAGUCGCCGACGCUGAUGAAUGUCUCUGGACCAUUCGUCGCGCGAGCAUGGGCGGAGAUGCUCAAGACGUACGAAGCAAAGGACUGUUGCUUGGUCAUUGUACACGAUGAACUCGAGAAACCACUGGGCGUUGUGAGAUUGGUGGACUGGGAAAAGUCCCACAAGGGUCACAAUGGACUCAAGAGCAUCAGGGGCGUGAUCAGCCAAGCAAGGUUCCCAGAGAGUCCGCUUGUGAGGAUGGCGGUGGGAAUAGGGAGACCCAAGGAGCGCGAUCCCGAGACUGUGGCGCGAUACGUGCUCGACUCCAUUCCCAGAGAAAUGGUAGACGCGUUCGAGGGGGAUGCUGCAGGCAAAGCCCGGGAGAGGUUAAGAGAGCUGGAAGCUGAGUGGUGCGAGGAGGCGGCGAAAGUAAAAUGACGAUCUCGCGAUAAUCACGCAUCGACGACGACCUCUGGCACCUAUCGCAAUUCAAAGCCAUUACGGAUCAUCCAGCGAAACUCGACACGC